GUGGGCGUGUUUUCUUCAGUACCUUAGAGCAGCGGCUGAAGCCUCGUUAUUCACACACGUUAAAGUGACGGGAUAGCGACGAUGGACGGUCACGUGACACGGACAACUAUGAAGCUUCUUCCUGUCCUUGUGUUUGUCUGUGUCGUCUCGUCGACUGCUGAUGAGAGCGCUUCAGCCGUCAUCAACAUGGUGGUGAGAGAAGGGGACGAUGCAGUUUUAAGCUGUUCCUUGGGCAGCAGGAGCAUCAAGCAGGAGCUGUUUGACUGGAAGAAGGACGGUCAGAAGGAGGUGUUCAUGUACGAUCGGGGCUCUCACUACAACAACAACCCCUCAAGCCAAGACCCCGACUUCAGAGGACGAGUCUUUCAUUUUGAACAACAGCUGGAUGUCGGUAACGCCUCUGUAGUUAUCAGACCAACAAAGGUGACUGACAGUGGAAGCUACACCUGUGAUUUUCCCUUUCAUCAGCCACGCAGAAGAUCACACAUUGUUCUUGUUGUUGGUGCAUCUCCAGAGCCAGUCAUCAAGAUACUUGCUGAAACAGACAAAGGUGUUCAGGUGCACUGUGCUGUUAAAGGAGCUUUUCCAAAACCAGUUGUCCAGUGGAAAACCAGAGCUGGUAACAUUGUUCCUGCUGAAGAACCACAGGUUUCUGAAAGAGGAGGCAGCUACGACGUCAUCCUUCAAACUACUGUGACCAAGACUGACUACUAUCAGUGUGUCGCCACACAGCAGGAAAUCAAUCAUAAGAUUUAUACUGAGACACUUGUCCGGGUCGUUCCUGGUGAGUUUCUUUUUAUAAUCAGAUAA